AUAUUAUCAGUGCUGAUUUAGUUUCCAUUAUCUUCUUUCUUGCUUACACAUUUAAAGAACAAUGUUGUGGAACGAUAUCGUGUAUGUGUCGCUGCUUUUACUUUCUAUGGCGUUCGGAUGUUUUUAUCGUACAAUAAAAAAAUCGCAUGUGAAACAAUGGACCGCAACCGUUCUUGGUUUUGCCUUAGUGAUCUGCGUUUCAGGAUCGUCAGCCUUACAUCCAAUCUUUACUGUUCUUAUCAACGCCAUUAUCAUAACCAACUUGUCAUGGAAAUCUUUAUUUUACAGAAAAUGCCACCUAGUCAGCUUAUAUUUCUCUUUUUUCUACUUAUUGGUGAUCUUUCGAUUCAGUGAUUAUUUUGGAUUACCGAAUCCACCAACUCACACGAAUCUCGUUGUAAUGAUUCUCACAUUAAAGUUACCUGGAUUAGCAUUUGAAAUCAAUUCGGCGGCUACAGCAUCUAGCAAUGAUAUUCAAGGAGCAAAUUCAGAUGCAUUCAAAAAAAUUGACUUCAUGGAUGUAAUACAUUACAGUUUCAGUUAUAUGGGUGUUUUAACAGGUCCAUACUAUCGUUACAGGACAUAUUGGGAUUCUCUUCAUAGACCAUUCUCUAAUUAUGUUGAUCCGUGGCCGCUCACUUAUUACAAAUUAAAACAAAUUGUAGCGUUUAUUCCGCUCUUUCUAAUAAUGAAUCAUCUGUUUCCCAGCGAUUAUACGCAAACGAUAGAAUAUGAAGAACUCAAUUUUCUCUACAGAUUUUUAUACAUCUAUCCCACUUUUGCCUGUUUUCGAUUAAGAAUGUAUAUUGGUAUGGCUCUGGCUGAAUGCGUUUGCCAAAUGUCAGGACUAGGAGCUUAUCCGGUUUGUUGUCAAUCUGCACCUGGUCUGGGUCCGCGUGAUUACAAAACAGUUGAAAAAUUGUCCUUUGAUCAUAAAAGAGCGAAAAUGGAGGAGCAAGAUUUCGAAACGGUGCAUAACAUGAAUGUAUGGGAAGUGGAGUUUUCUCCAUUUGUUAGACAUACAAUGAAAAUGUGGAAUACAUGCAUACAAUAUUGGAUGGCUGUGUGCAUUUAUAAAAGAUUUCCUUAUAAAAGUUUAAGAACUGUCAUUACGUUGACUCUCUCUGCUCUAUGGCAUGGUUACGCUGCAGGCUAUUAUUUUUGCAUCUGUCAAGUUCCGCUCUAUCUAUCAUUUGAGGAUAUCUGCAUUAAAUUUUACAAUCAAUGUGAAGAGAACGGAUUUAACGAUAAUCAUCACAAUAUUGAUAUAUGCUGUUCUCAUAAUGAAAUACAGGCUAGGAAAGUCUGGAGAUUCUUCCUUUGGUGGGCAAAACUUACGUGCAUGGCAUAUCUUGGCGUGCCCUUCCAAUUGCUGCGCUUCCAAGAAAUAAUACAUUUUUACAAGAGUCUAUAUUUCUCCGGACAUAUCUUAGGACUUGGACUUUAUCUGAUCGUACGAAUUCUGAAGCCUUAUCUUCUCAAUCGACGACAAACAGAUGAAGAACAUAAAAACAAAUAAUUUUUUUUAUUCUUUAUAAAAGUGCAUUGACUUUAAAUUGAAAGUUUCUACACUAAUACAAAAUAAAAUAAAAAUUAUCUUGAUAA